AUAAAAUGAACGAAAACCGGCAGAUAAGGAGGGAUGAUCAGUCCGUGCCGUUUCUCAGGUGACAGAGAGCGACGCAGAGAAAUAAUGCUGAAAAAUACAAAUUUUAAUUAAAUUAAUAUUAUUUUAUCAAAUGAAAGAGAAAAUCUGUGGUAAGCAUAAUUCUCAGAAAAUACUCUUUUUCUGUUUUUUACCACUUUCGGUUUAUCAGCAAACCAUUUUCUAUACGUUCAAUUUCUUAACAAACACAAAUUACGUUAUAAAUUUAUCUAAAAUAAAAAGAUAUUCUGUUUCCAAUUUUUUUUAAUUUCCUGAUUCUUUCAAAAUUCUCGUUUCAGUUCUCACCAUCCAAACAACAACUACUUUUUCUUGGCUUCUUUGAUUUCCUUAUUUCUUUCUUUAUAUUUCCUGAAUAUAAUUUGAUUUCAUUUUUAAGAAAUAUUUGCCUUUAAGCCGAUAUCUUGAUUCUGGAAAUGUUUUUAUCUAAUUUAAUGUAAUUUAUUCAAUAGAUUUCGAAGGAGGCUAUUGUUGAAUAAUUCGGUGCCUGGAAGCUGCUUCAGAGUUGAAUCGACUGGGGAAGAAAACGCUGGCAGCAACUCUGGCGUUUGGGGACGAGAUUGAGCGAAAACAACAAGUCACUGAGUUGAACCCUCUGUAUAGGCGAGUCAAAUGACGGCGAGCGAAAUCAUUGAUGGUAGUGAUGAAGGGGCGGCUUCAUCGCCGAGGAGUAGGGUGAAGUUUCUGUGCAGCUAUGGCGGGAAAAUAUUGCUGAGGCCAGGGGACGCGAACCUCAAGUACGUUGGAGGGGAGACUCGUGUGGUGGCGGUCCCUCGGGAUAUCAAAUAUUCAGAAUUAAUGGAGAAGCUCAACACUAUGGUCGAAGGGGACGUGAUUCUGAAAUACCAGGUUAUCCCUGAGGAACUUGAUGCCUUGGUCACUGUAAAAUCCGAUGAGGAUCUCAAACACAUGGUUGAUGAGUAUCAUCGUCUUCAAAGUGAAGGAAGUCCAAAACUACGUGCUUUCUUGUUCCCCUUGAGCCCAGUCGUACUGGAGAACCAAAUGAACCCUGUUGACCCCAACGCCAUUGAGCAGCGGUAUAUAGAGGCCGUUAAUGGCAUAGUUCGUCCAAGUCCAAACACUAGUGGAAGGCUAACCCCUGUUAACCCAAACCCCCGCCCUAUGUUCAGCAUCUCUGCUUGCUCUUCCCCGAAUUCCGCUUCUCCUGAUGAUGGCAAAAUUAUUGAUCCUUUGCCUCUAGAACCACCAUUGUUGAGUGGAUACCUUAAUAAUGGAUUAAUCAUGGCUAAAGUCCAGAGUUCUCCUAGCCUUUACAACCUCAACAACACCCUCCAUCCUCAAAGCAACAACCAUAGCAAUCACCAAGUUUACCAGCCUCAUCAUUAUUACCACCAACAUCACCAGCAACUACAGCAAUACAGCGUUCAAUCUCCAAGACCACCCCUAGAUUUUCGGACUGAGAAGCCACCAGGGCCACUCGAUUUUGGUAGGGGCCCUAUGGGGCACGGUCAUGUUCCAAUAAACCCUGUCUACUCAAUGGGCAGACAUAAUUUGGUGAAUUCAUAUAGCAGAUGUGGUUGCGGCUACGAUGAGUGCUUGGUUUGUACAAGUGGAGGGCUUAAUAGGAGAGGUAGCCUUUCCACCAGUGGAAGGCUGGAUAAGCCAGAUAGUCCCAACCAUAUGAUGGAGUAAAGCAAUGGGAUCAAAUACUAUACUGAUCAUCCCAUUGAAGAACUGAAAGAUGGGUAUAUAAUUUUCUUUUAUCUUUUUCUUUUGGUUGGAUAGGUGAAAUUUUUUUUCACCCAAAAAGGUAUAGACGGUAUAGAAGGGUUUUUUUAUAUAUAUAA